UCCUUAGAUGGAGAAUAGGUAAAACGUUAGCUUUAUUUCGCUGCAUGAAAUUCCAGCUUAAAGCUUGUCAAAUUAUAAAAAACACAUAUAGGGAUUUAUCGAAUUUGAAAUUACCGAGAAGAUUAAACAAUUAAUCAUUUAACAAAGAAAGAAAGAAGAUCGCCGCUUGUCACACUGAGGUCCAGAAAGUAACCUCAGUUGGAAAUCAAGAAUCAGGAGUAUUAAAUUAAAAAAACGGGGAAGGAACCAAGUACUAAUUAUUGUUCUACUUUUUCUCAUUUUUAUUAUAUUCCCUUUCUGUCGCUCGGUGCAUUAAUUGCUACGAGUAAUUUAUGCUUGAAAGUGACGCUGCAGUUGAAUAGUAUUCAAAUUUUAUGGGAGAAAACGUUUUAUCUGUAAUAUCUUUUAUAUAACAAAAACAUCGAAUGAUGGAAGACUCUGUAAAAUCAGAGGAUGUCGAGCCAAAUAACGUAGUUCCUGGUAGUUCUCAAGUGGGCCAAACGUUUUUCGACACAAGACCUUUAGUAGACAAUAAGAAUACACAGGUUCGCGUCGUCCGAGGUACUAAAAAGCUGAAACUUGACAAUAGUGAUCCUCCCAAUAGUGAAAAAAAGGAUGUGAAAGAUGAGGAAGCAACAGAAGCUAAAGUCAGGCCUCUUAAACGUUCCUGCGAAUUAUGGUCUAUGGAGGAUAAAAAUACCUUUUUCAAGGCACUCAAUGAAUAUGGAAAAGAUUUUGAUGCUCUGCAAAGCUAUUUCUUAAGUCAAGGCAAAAAGAGGGGUCUGUCUGACGCUGUUAUAAAAAAUAAGGAGCAAAUCCGACAUUUUUAUUACAGAACUUGGCUGAAAAUAUCAAAGCAUCUCAAGUUUUCAGAAGAUGUCAAGAAAACUGCUCAGGAAUUGUACGGGUUGAUAAAUUAUGGGGAACUUAGAAGGAAACUGCCUCGUAUUCAUGAAAAGGUCCACUUGAGGUUGAAUGAACUGGUAUAUUGGGGAUCUACUCAGGUCAGGCUCAGAGGAAAAACUAUGAGGAUCAAAACACCUAUAUGCAGAGCGCUUAGAAAGUUAAAUCAGUUAGAAGAUUGGCAAGAAGAGAUUAAAUUACCAUCCAGAAUAACAAUAGAACUGAGGCCACGUAAUAACAUGGCUUGGUGGCAAGUACAAGCGGCAUCCAUGAAUCCCCGAGUGCGAACUCUUCUACCGAUACAAAGACGCCUCUCGAGUUUGUUGGUAUUUUUGCAACAACGAUGGCGGCUCACGAAAUAUGCCACAUGUACCACUGUAGAAAAUCUCAUCGCCAAUGAUGUAAAAGAUACUCGUUUAUUACGAGUUGCUCCAUCAGAAGGAUGUAAGAUUGCUUUACCGAUGGUCAAUCUUGGAGAAUAUCUCACUAGCAACAGUCUAAGCUUGAAUUCAUACGAGAAACGUCUCGGCUUGAAGAGCUCGAGAAUAGAUUUAUUGGGGUCCGUCCAACAUUUGAAAGGGAUAGGGAAGAAAGGGAUCAAACGAUAUAAAUUGGAUAAGAAGAUCUUGAGCCGCACCGAUGAGAAUUGCGCGCUGCCAGAUACCAGUAGCGACAUGGACCUCUUGGAGACGGGGAGUAGUGUGUCCGAGAAACAAGCGAUUAUAAAUAACACGGAGAAACCGUCGCCUGAACAGCACUCAGAGAGCAGAUUCCCGGGUAGAGAGACUGUUGAUAGAAUUCGAAAGGGCUGGAAUGUCGAGGAAGCGAACACGAUUACCAUGGGCGAUCUCUUCUUAAUGUUUGGCCGCGAAUCGAAAAUCACGCUGGAAUAUUGGUGGGAUUGGCUACCAAGUGAGCAACGUACAAGCGAUUCAGCGUCAUCGAGCAUCAUGCGUGACGAUAGUUUAUGUUUAGCAUUGCAAAAAUUAUUGUCACUGGCGAAACACAAUUACGGCACAAACAAGGUGUACGAUAAUACAUCGGGAAGCAACGAGACGGUAAUCUCGUCACGCGUCCCGUCCAUUAAAGAAUCUGUUAAGGAAUCUACAUUCAGGAGACCUCUCAUACCACAAGCGUAUCAUAAAAGUGGCACAGCUGACGCGUUUAAGACGCAACUUGACAAAUUCAAAACGCGCUUUUGUAAACGAGGUAGAACCGUGAGACAGAAGAGUCUCGUGAUACAGAGGGUACUGCCCAUCGUAUCCUCCUCACCGAAUAUGUCAUCGGAAAGUUUGACGAGCGACCAUACGAGUAAAAUCGACGAUUCUUCGUUGUGUCAGACCGAUAAAAUGGUAGCGGUGAAUGCGGUGACCCAGGACAAGAAUUUUCUCGAUGCCCUGGAGACAAGCGGAGAUGCGAAGAAUUCCAAUUCUAUUAUCACCAGUGCUACUCAAAUCCUCAAAGAAGGCGAACACCAGUGGCUGAACAGCGAGGUUGCGGAUUUUUCAUUGAGCAGCUUCUUGGGACAACUUGAAUCGCCCAUAAAAAGUUCACAGAGAAGCCAAGCGGGCGAACAAAUCAUGGAAGACGCUCGUCCUUCAUCCGAUGUUGUAUCGCACAUGCAAUGCCUUAUGGGAGAAAACAGCGUGGACUACAUGGCAAAAUUUGCAAACCUGGCUUCACAGAUAGCGUCUGACGAGAAUAAGAAAUAGAGCGAUAAUGAGCUACCUAACGAGCCGCUAAUGAGUGGAACAUCCCAGCGCGGAUGCCUGCGUUCUCGGAAACGAAGCCCACAGUCUUUUCCCUGGAGAGUUGCGAAAUGCACAUCGAAAUGAUUCAUAGUGCUUACGUGCGCGUGACCACCGACGUGUAUACGUUUAUCUAGAAUCCGCGUUGGCUGCACAGGUGCAAUUAUCCGUACAGACGUAAGCGAUACGUUCUUUCUUGAGUAAUUUUCCUUUGAACCGAUCGAUUAUUCGGCCAAGUUGAAUAUUUGCAAUUGGUUGUACGUAAUCACACUACAACUGGAUUUGCUUAGGAAUUUCCUCUAUCUCGUUGGAUGCACGAUAGUUGCAGCGCUCUACUGUAUAAAAGGGAACUACUAUGGAAUAAUUUAUCGAUCAUGUUUUUGUAUCGCACAAUGCAACAGUUGUAAUGUUUCGUACGAUAAUUGUUGCAUUCUGAUGUAUAGUCGGAGAAAACAGGCAUAAUAUAACGCGAUGUCUUGUUGUUACGUGCUUUUGCGAAGAAAUUUAUUGUAAAGCGUGCGUUUGUGCACGAAAAUCAUAUAAAAUGAUAAUGCGUAGAACAAACAAUAUAUAACGGCGUAAGGAAGAUCACGGCUGUACCGACGUGUACGACAUACAUCCACGAGAUACAUCAUGCUGUACUAUAAAUAAACUCUGGCAUAGGCGCCCCUACUAUGAAAUAUAAA